AUGCUGCGGCGACCACUCACUUCCAUUGAAAUAAAAGCUGACGACAUCGAUCACAUGGAGAGGGUUCUGCUGGAAGCAUACCAGAAAAAGGGUGCUACGAAAACGUCUGUUGAGUCAGAUCCGAGCAGUGCAAGCUUCGGCACACCCGCUAAUGAAGGCUCACUCUCCAUUAAUCUGCACCUUAUUGAACUCAACGAACACGUCGAGUUCAAGGCCAUUUCCUGGAUACCCUUGUCUUAG